AUGGGCAUCUGGUCAGUUUCCUUUUUUUGCAUAUUGACCAUCUACUUUGCAGCACAAGGGAUUGAGUCCAAGUUUUUGAACUUCAAAGCUGGCUAUGAAUAUGUUUAUCGUUAUGAAGGUCACUCUUCUUUCAAAGACCUAGGAAAAUUCAUCAUUAAAGCUAAGGUCAGUUAUACAAACAUUCAAAGCUUGGACGAUGGACAGGAAUUGUUGUUAAAAGUAUACAACUUGAAUGUUUCCCCAGAGGAGAAUCCAAAUACCAAGGGCAUCGACAAUGACUUUUCAAAAUGGUUUUCUUUCGUGAUAUCUACACGAGGAGUGGUGGACCAUGUGUAUCACCCACACGGAGAAGAAGACGAAGUGGUGGCCACAAAGAAAGGUCUUGCUUCGUUAUUUGCUGCCAAACUACACGAAUUUGGAGAGAUUCCUGGAAAUAGAAGCAGUGGUGGUUUUACUUACCAUAUUUUUGAGAAUGGAACUGAAGGAGAACAUAAUGCUACAUACAUGGUUUCCCCAGUAAAAGAAGGUUUAAAGUUCAAAAAGACAAGACUCCAGCACCCAGUAAAGAAUGCAAAGGCAUCAUUUCAUAAGACUAUGAUCUACCAAGACUACCUUGAAACCAUUCACAGUGUGCUUAUUGAAGAAAACUUUACCUCUCCGAAAACACCUCCAGGAUUUGAUCCAUAUCAUGGCAUGAGGAAAGUAAAGGCUGUAAAUGACUUCAGUAAAGAAGAGUAUCCAACAAUGUCCUACACCAGUCAAGGCAAGCUUAGUUUCCUUACAAGACAGUUAGACAAAAAACAAUGGUUGAAGCCAAGUGAAAAACUUCUGAAAGCCCCAAUACAUGUUGGCUCUGUUAAACACACACCAAAACAUUUGAAUUUGUCAGAGUGCAGAAAAAACAUCAUGGCAAAUCUGACUUGUAUUGAAAAUCAGCCUGAACAAGGUUCCCCUGUUGCUGGAUUGUGCUUUCGAAAUAUUGUUAAUCAACUUCUUGGGUUACCAGACAAGGAAAUUGUAAAAAUAGCAGAGUUCUACUUCAGUGCUUUGCGACCAACGGUUUAUAAGUAUCGUAGAGCUAUAGAGAAUAUGGUUGAUGCUUUCGGAGCAAUGAACACAGAAUUGUCUGAGAGACUACUGGCAGAGAAAGUUCUUCUGAGUCCCACUCCUGAUCAUGAUCUUGUCAAAAGGGUUCUGACUCAUGUUGCAAUCAAUGACAGGGCCCCAUCAGAGGUGAUGUUGAAAACGUUAGAAGAUGCAGUGAUCCAUCAAGAGAAAUUUCCCAAAGAAUUUUACAUCAAGGACACACACAGUAGAUGCAUGCUGGCCCUAGGAGCUGUUAGCCACAAACUGUUUAAGGAAGGACAGACAGAGAGAGCCAGAAAAAUAAUGUCUUGGAUUCAUCUGAAAUUGGGAUUGCAUGAUCCUUGGGAGUACAGACAAAAGAGAGCUGUGAUGACGAGGCAGGAAAUGGAGGACUAUGACAGCCAUAAAGUUAUUCUCCUUGAGACUUUGGGAAAUGCCAGGCUAGAUGAUUCCUAUGACUACAUUCUAUCUCAUAUCAACAGCACAAACUCACCAUGGAUAAAGAGGGCGGGAUGUCAUGCCCUCCGCAAAUACCACCAUGAACAUGCUGCUGAGACUCUGCUGUAUUCAGCUCUGUAUGAUGAGGAGCAGUCAGUCAGAUAUGAGGCUUCUCUCUUGUACAUGGCUCAUCCAAAGGGAAAGAUGAUUGCGCCUAUGAAUGCCAAGGAAGAAAAAUUGUUUGACAACACAACAAUUGUGGAUGAUCCAUAUGAUUCUGGUGUGGAUGUAGUAGACCUUACUGCAGAUCAUCAGCGUUCUCGUAGGAAUGUUUGGGAAGGACACUAUUUUAGACUGGAAGCUCCAGGUGUAGACUGGAGAAAGACACUUGGCACCCAAGAUAUUGGUGCAUCUUUUGGAGUUAUCAUGAUAAACUUCCUGAAUUUAGCAGUAGCCCCAACCCAAGGUCACCUAAAAAUUCAUGUCCAUGAUGAAGCAUAUGCAAGGAUACAUUUUGGAAUUCUUGAUUUCAACUAUGAUUUUUUCAUUGCCAGAGUUUGUUUUCAAGGGGGCACUGAAUACAGUUUUAACAUUUUACAGGGAAAUGAGAUGAAGAAAAUAGCGGAUAUCGCAUUAAAUUUUUCAAAGAAGCUGGCAGAUAUCGUGAAUGGCAUUAAGUCAGGGGUACAAUUGUUCAAGGAUUUGAUAUCCGGCAGACUCAGUCUUAAGAAAGUCAUUGAUGAUUUUGUCAGUGCUAUUACAAGUUUACCAAAUAAGGUGGUGAGUUUGGUAGAGAAAUCAACAGAAGCCCUGGAAAAAAUAGGACACUAUGACCCUGAAGAUCUACCUCUAGAGUUCAAGCCUACCAUUAACUUUGUGCAUAAAGUCGCAAAGUUGUUUAGUGACAUAAAAACUGAUGUGAUGGGAUUUGUACAUGCAGUGGAACAGUCUAUUAAAGUUGAAAUCCCACAUCAAGGCAAGGUCUUGUUUGAGAGCAUAAGGGACAUUAUUGAAGGAUUUUCAAAGAUUCUUGGAAACCCUAAAGCAGCACUUCAGAGUAUUGGGAAAGGUGUUUUCUCAAUUUUUCAAUCUAUAAAGAUUAUACUUCAACAGAAGAAAAAAGUACAAGAAGCAUGCUUCUUCCUAAGGGAUGAAAAGCCAUAUUGGUUUGAUGUUGAAACAUUGCUGCUUGAAUACAAGCCCCUAGCUGAUCAAGCCUUUGCCAGUUUGAAAAGUGCUGGUGACAGAUGGGUCAAUGAGAAAAUAGAGGAUGCAGAAGAUAGAGUCAAAAAGUUUACAAAGGGCAGAGUUACACUGGUUUACCUUAGGCGAGAGGCAGUGCAAACAAUAGAAAAUCUCCAAGCCCUAUUGAUGGACCCCUUUAAUGAGUUAUUAGGAUUGGCAGAUAAAUUUGUGAAAGGGUUUUUUGGGGUCUUUGGACUUAUUAAAAAGGUCAAAGAUGCAUACACCACUCUAAAAGAAGGUUAUGACACAGCAAGAGGGAUAAUUGAUGCCUUAUUUGGACCAAAGGCACACAAAAAUUUUCCAAAGAAUCGCCGUUUAAAAGGGAGAGGAUGUGAUAAUGGAUUUUAUCCGUCAUCUUUAGGAGGUGGACGUAGCGAAUACAGACACACAGGACUUGAUCUGUUGGUAGUGAAGGGUGACCCUAUUGUAGCUCCUUUUGGUGGUACUAUAACUGUUGAUAGAGAGGACUCCAGCACUGUUAUCAUCAGUGCAGAAGGAUGUUCACUUCGAGGAAUUACAAUCUUCAUAACCAACAUAGAACCCAACUCCACCAUUGACACAGAAGAGGGCAGAUCAUGUGCAGCAGGUCAACCCAUUGGUAGAGCCACUGGUUCAGACUGUGAUAAUCACAUCCAUUUAGCAUUUCAAAAGGACGGAGGCUAUAUUGACCCAACCAAAUUUCUUGAGUCCUUAAUGCCUGUUGUACCUAAGUGGAAGCAGAUAUGUGAUGACUACAAACUUGUUUUCAAGAAGGAAACAAUAGCAGCUGGUGUUAUAGUUGGUUUGAAGGGUGAAGGUGUCCAAAAUAAAGACCCCACUAUUACCAACACAGAUAAGGCUAUUCCAAUUCAAUUUCCAGCAAGCAGUCAAAAUCCUGAUGAUACCAUAGCCAUAAAAUCUAAACCAAGUGGCCUUUUUGCUAAAGUACACUCGAGCUUAAGCAGUGCUCUAGAUUUUGACACAGAUGAUGACCAGUGCCCUGCCAUUAUGGGAACCAAAUCUUCUGUUGGAAAAAGAUCUCUUUCCCAUGGAAAAGGAAUAUUCUCUAAACUGUUAAAGACUGCAGAUAAAUUUUUGGAGAAAUUCAACAUAAGACGAUUAAAGUUUGGCACGAUCAUGGAAUUUCUGGACAGAUUUGGAAUGACAGAGAGUAAGGCUGCAAUGGCAAGAGUGAUGAUGGAAAUAAAGAACAUCAUAGAUGACACAGCCUGUAUAAAUCCUUAUGAGAUGACAGAAGAUCAGCUUGUAAAUGAACUGACAGAGAGGGGUAAAGACACAAAGGGAUCAAGAGAACAGCUGAUUGAAAGACUGGUGCAGUUAGACAAAGGUUGCCCUUUGCUGUCCUUCACCAUGCCAAAAAAUAAUGUCUACUGCACCUUUGACAGCAUGUGUCUCGGGUUAGAAUGUUGCAUCAACAUUAAGUUUGCUGUUUUCUUAAAAAUCUUAAAAGUGUGGGCACGCUUUGAUCCAUGUGCUUCUCCUCAAAUGUUUUUCACCCUUGGUUUGGACUCGUACACAUACAGAAUUGAGAUACCAAGUGAUAUAACCUAUGAUGGUUAUGAAGGAGAACUGAGGUCAGGAAAUAAGCUGAAUAUAUUAGGAGGCUUAGAAGCAGUCAUUAGGUACAACAUAUUCAAAGGUGUAAAUGCCACUUUGGUAACAUUUGGAGUUGGACUAUGUAGCUUUAAUGAUUCAGAAAACUGUCUAGUGUUUAUUAACUUGUUGGAUAAUGCUGUUCUUCCCGUGCCUACUUGUUUACCUGAUGGAUCUCUAUUGUGGCCUAAGUUGGAUUUCAAAAAACUGUUUUUGAAAGAAGCAUUAUAUAAGCAUAUCAAAGAACAAGGAAAAUCUGUCAUCAAGGGGGUAACAUCCAAGCUGAUGGAUGAAUUCUUAAAGUUGUUGAAAAUGGACAAGGAAAAACUUAAUGAAGAUGUUCCAUUGCCCAAGCCUGAUAAAAUGACUUUGGGACAGAUUACAGCAGAGCUAGUACAGAGAAGCUUGUCUACAAGAGGUUCAAGAUCAGAGCAGAAUGAACGCCUCACAAAGGAUGACUUGACAUGUACCAGUAUUACCUUGAAAGAGGUACCACAGAGCCUCUCAGAUUUUCUGUAUUAUAAAAUUCAAAAAGACUGCUUGAGGAUUGAUGUGUGGGUUGACAUUAAUGUUAAACUGUUGGGCUAUUCCUUCAGUAGAACUUUGUCCGCAUUCAUAGAAUUGGAUCCAUGCAGUUUUGUUGUGCAAAUUGGAUUUGAAAAAUACUUGUGGACAAAAGUUCUAUUGAAUUACAAUUGGGGAUCAAAUGAAAUGGCAGAAAUAAGCUCAAAUGUGAAAAUCAUGUACAGCAUUGGAAGAAAUGUUGAUGAAGGAGUGUUCAUUUUGAAGUUUGGACUUAUGAUUUGUUUGUCUUCACCAGCGGAUUGCAUUUUAGACAAAUAUCUGUUCACAGAUUUGAGGAUUCCUAUUCCUGUGUGCAGAGACUUUGUUUUUCCAGGAAAUGGAUCAUUUGCUGGACUGCUUGAAAAAAUUGGAGGAAAAAUGACAGAGGAAGCUUUUGAGCUUGUCCUAAGAAAGUUUGAUCUGAAUGAUGUAAUAACAUCAGGACCAUGCCCAGGCAUUCCACCAUCACCUGAAAGCUGUCCAACUGAGUUUGAUGUGCGAAAGAAUUUACCAGAAGAGCUGAAGAAGAUGGUAACAUGUGAACAGCCUCCUAAUUGUUGGGGAAUUGACUGUUGUCUUCAGCUGACUUUCAACAUACCCCUGGGAGAUACCAAAAUAACUAAGAACAUCCCCUUCUGGUUCAAGUUAGACCCAUGUGAUUUCUCCUUAGACGUUGCUUUUGGAAGGAAAACUCUUCUUAAAACACAUUUGUUGGAAUAUGAGUAUGGAAAGCAGCACACUUUGACACUUGGCUCUGGAAAUCCACCUCCAGUUGAAAUUAUGUAUAGGUUAGAUCAAAUUCCAGGAAACAAAGGCUUUAUAGUGGAUUUAAGAAUACUCAUUUGUUUUGACUUUGAUGUGAAAACUACAUGUAUUCCAACAAAUGAUGGGAUUCAUCUAUUGAAAAAUCAGGAAAUUCCACUCUGUGAUCAGAGGCAUUUGAUUAACUUUAGCAAUUUCUCAUUGACUGAUUGGAUGAGGGAGAAGUCACUGGAUCUGGAUGAACAGCUGGCAGAGGGCGCUGUGAUGUUACUGCUGGACCAGCUUAAUCUGACCGACUUCUUCCAAAGACCCAAAUGUGACAGAACAAGGAUGCCAUACAUACCCUCUAUACAAGGGAUACACAAUAAAUGUCCAAAGACCAUUGUUUACCUUCCAUCCAAGAUCCCUGACCCAAUGUCCUGCUAUAUACCUGACUACUGUACAGGGAUAGAGUGCUGUGCUGACAUUCCUGUCCUUGGCCUUGGGUUACAUGUGUUUGCUUUUCUGGACCUGGACAAACUAGAGCUCCGAAUAGGAAUGGAAAACAUUAAAGAGACCAUCAAACUUAAUGACUAUGUAUGGGGAGAGGUUAAAUCUUACAGUGUGGCUGAAGGUCUUAUCAAACUAAGGUUAAGUGUGAAGCCAAUAACAAAUGAGAAUGUAUAUGUUUUCAAUGUUCAUGCCUCUGUGUGUCUGAAUGGAGGAAAGUGUUCAACUGACAUCCCAAUUUUAAGGAAUACCAGGUUACCAACAAUCAGAGCCAUAAUCACUGGAGAAAGCAAGAAUUUUUCAUUUACAAAUUGGCUUCAUGAGAUGAACAUAACACAGGAAAAUCUAAGAGAUAAUGCAAAGGCUCUUCUGGUCCAGCAACUCGGUAUUGACCAGUACUUGUUAGACACACCAUGUGAUUCAUCUGGAGAUGUGUAUUCACCUAGUGUCCAAGGCUGGAAAAAUGAGUGUCCAUUGGACUGGGUGGUUUUACCCCAGAUUACCUCAGACAAAGUGAGAUGCAGCCUUUCCUCUAACUGUACAAGGAUAGACUGCUGUGUGGACUUCAGUCUGCUGAACCUCAAACUUCACUUCUUCCUACACUUUGAUAGGUGUAAUUAUGUCAUCUCUGGAGGAAUCGAAAAGAAAACUUUCAGUUAUGGACUGCUGGAUUUCAAUAGUUUCUGGGGUAGGGAAGUCUCCAUGGAUAUUGGAAAUGUUGUCUUCAUCAAAUUUAAAGCCACUCAGCUGGAAGUAUCUAAGAAAUAUGUUCUAGACAUGGGAGUUUCUGUGUGUUUAGAACCUGAUGUCUGUGAUUUGGAUAUUCCUAUAUUAAAAGAAGUCCUUAUUCCAAUUCUCAAUUGUGACCUCACAAUGGAUUUCAAUGUCAAAGAUUUUUCUCUUGUGAAAUGGAUGGAUGACCAAGGUCUGUCAUUUGAUGGCAGUUUGUCCACAGCUCUGGCUGCUGCUUUGUUUAAGAAGCUGGGGAUUGAUUCCUUCCUGAAGAAUCCAGCAUGUGAAAGGACAGAAGCACCUUACAGUGUCAACAAACUGGACAACAGCGGCUGGUCCUCAGACUGUCCAGCUAAAAUGUCUUUGCCCAAAAUAAGAGGAACAACUGCCUGCUACAUUAAAAACACAUGUACAGCUAUUAAGUGCUGUUUGGAGGUUGGAAAAGUUAGCAGAACUUUUGAGAUUGAAUUGGAUAUUGACUUCUGUAACCAGAAACUGACUUUUGGUAUAGAGAAGCUUACAGAAACUGUUACUCUCCAAGGAUUUGAGUAUGGCAAAAGAAAGGAAGUAGUCAUCAUGGGAAUUGUCAGGAUGUGGUACACCAUUUGGGAUCAUGAAGGGGAAGGGGUUUAUGUGGUAACAGUAGAUCUGGCAAUCUGCUUUGAAGAUAGAGGUGAUUGUCUCAUCAACACAAAUAUCCUAAAUCAAUUCAAAUUGUCAAAGCAGGCAUGUCUUUGGGGAACAUCAUUCUUGAGCCAAGAUUUUUCCCUGAAGCAGUUUAUGGAUGAUGCUGCCAUCACAGCAUAUGACCAGAUAAAAGGUCUUGCUCUUGAUAAACUGAAAGAGGCACUUGGUCUUCCUACCUUCUUGAAUGAUCCCCCUUGUUCAUUGGUAGGCUCUGCCUAUGUACCAAAUACCAAUGGAAUCAAAAAAGUGUGCUCAAGGGACAUUUCUUCCCUUCCAACACUCCCCAGCAACAUGGUUUGUCAGAUCACAGAGUCCUGUACAGGAGUUGACUGUUGUAUUAGAGCAGAGCCAAUCCACCACAACUUCCAUGCCUACCUUGACAUUGAUCCAUGUAACUUCACCAUCAGAUUUGGUAUUGAUAAAUUCCAGUUUCAGAUCUACAUGCAGGAGUACAGUUUUGGAAUAGAAAAAGAUGUCAGACUGGUCAAUGUUGUUCGUAUUAAGUUCCAGAUAUGGGAUUUAUCAGCUGAGAACCAGUAUCUUAUCAAUCUCAGAUUUAGUGUUUGCUUUGAUUCAAAGUCGGCUUGUUUACUGGAUAAGGUAAUUUUCCACGAGAAGCGUCUGCCAAAGAAAGUUUGUGAUUUUGCUGGAGCAGCACUGAUACAAGACUUUUCACUGGAGGAAUGGAAGACAUCUCUUGGUUUAUCAACAGAGAAUCUACUGCCCACCCUGACAGAUCAGCUGAUGGAACAUCUAGGGAUUGCUGGAUACUUAAAACGACCCCAGUGUAGUAUAAAUGAUAUGCUCAGCAGUAUGGAGAGAUGGAUUGACAAGUGUCCAAAAUCCCAACUGUACAAGAAACCAAGCCUGGCAGGUCUACCAGUGUUGUGUUCCAUCUCCUCUAGAUGUACAGAGAUUCACUGCUGUGUGCAAGUAAAGCCAAUAGGAAGAAACUUUGAGACUUACCUCAAUCUUGACACAUGUAACAAAACUUUGGUUGUCGGAAUUGAGCAGUAUAGAAGAAAAUUUAGUCUCCACAACUACACUUUUGGAACAAAGAGAAAGUUUUGGCUGCAGAAUAUUAUAAAGAUAGAAUACAGUAUUGAAGACCUUGUUGGAUAUACCAAGUACUUGGUGAACAUGAAAGUUGAAGUCUGUUUGGAGAGAAACAAGCCAUGUAUAUUUUCCCAGAACAUUGCAAAAGAUAUGUACCUUCCAAAAAUUGAGUGUAACUGGUCAUUAGUCUCUUCUGAGUUUUCCUUAAGUGAAUGGUACAAGAAAAUGUCUCUCUCCAUUGGGUCUGUAUUGUCAGCAACCCAACUUUCCAUCUUGAAAGAAGCAUUAGGAAUAACCAACUUCUUGUUGCCUAAAACAAAACAGUGUAACAGAAUUUCAUCUGCUUACAAACCCGAGUCUCCAGACCAAGGUGGAUGGAAAAUAGACUGUCCAUUAGCAAUAGGGAAUUUAACAGAGAUUACAAGUGGACUACCCCUGAGUUGUCACAUAAAGAGUCAGUGUACAGCUAUAGAAUGUUGUCUAGAUCUACAGGAUCCUCUACAACAAACCAUUCACUUCUUCCUUGACCUUGACCUUUGUCUGCAGACACUGAAAGCGGGAAUAGAAAACUAUGUAUAUGAGAGGACACUCUUCUCCUUCUCUUAUGGCAGCCAAGAUUACUUCAAACUUGCAAAUUUCGUACAGAUUCUGUACCAAAUUGAUGAAGUUAAGAAGACAGAUUUGCAAUUAUCCCUAAGUGUCAAGAUCUGUUUGGAAGAAAAUACUUGUGUCUAUGAUUUCAAAUUACUGGACAAAGUGGUCAUUCCUAAACCAGGAUGUAGCUGGGACUUUGCUUAUACCAUUCCAGACUUCUCUUUGAAAAAUUGGUACAACAACAUUGGGGCAAGUAUUGGUUCUCAGUUGUCCAACCUUAAUGCUGCAAAGUUGUUGGAGGAGCUUGGUAUUGCCAAGUACACCCAGGAAAUACCUUGUCAGAGGGCAGGACCAGCAUACAGUCCACAUGUUAAUGGAUGGAAAUCAGACUGUCAGAUGGAAGUGUUGACCAGUCCAAUCAAAGACCCUGUUUCCUGUCUGAUUAAGGACACCUGCACUGCUGUCAGUUGUUGUAUGGACAUUGAUUUUUUACAGCGGUCUUUUGAGACCUAUAUCACAUUAGAUGCUUGUAACCACUGGAUAUUGGUUGGAGUUGAGAAAUUGUCUUUUAACCUCAGUUUGGAUGAUAUUUCAUUUGGCACUGAGAACAAAUUUUACUUAAACAGUGUGAUUCGCAUAGACUACAAGAUAGAGGAUAUGCACAUUGAAAGACAGUUUAAAGUGUCAAUGAGCAUCAAGGCAUGUUUUGAGGCCUCAGAUGACAAUCAAUGUAUCAUUAACAUUGACAUCUUCAAGAACACACUUCUACCUAAGAAAAUCUGUGACUGGACAGAAGGAUUUGCCACAGCUAACUUCAGUUUGUCGGAGUGGUACCGAGAUCUUUCCUUACCGGAGGGUUCCAUUCUGUCACAGGUGAAUAAAGACAGACUUUUGGACAUGCUUGGCAUAAGGUCAUACCUUAACAAAGACCCUUGUUCAUUUACAUCCACAAUAUACAGCCCUGCCAACAGCAAAGGGUGGAAAAAUGAGUGCAAGUCAGGCGUGACAUCUAACUUGCCAGCCUUACCAUCCACAGUCAGAUGUAACAUACCUGAUUACUGUACAGGAGUGACUUGUUGCUUGGCAGAAGAUUCUGUACUGAGGCACCAUUUUACUGUGGGAGUCAAACUUGAUGACUGUAACCACAUACUGACUUUCCAAAUAGAGAAACUAAAGAUUGAAAUUGCUCUGAAAGACUACAGUUUUGGUGUUGUGGAAAAGAGAUUUCUUAUGAGCGUCAUUCAGUUUGAAUUCAAAAUAGAUGACAAGCCAUUGGAAAAAAGCUACAAAAUCUCAGCAAGUUUGAAGAUUUGCUAUGGAGUAGGACCAUGUGCAUUAGACACUGUUCACCUGAUUCAGGAUUUCAUCCUUCCUAAAACUUUGUGUGAAUGGGGAAGUGGAUUUGUGUCAGAAUUUUCUCUGCAGUCAUGGUUGAAGGACCGAGGAUUAGACACUAAAGCUGUUCUUUCAUCUUUAAAUGCUGGAUCACUUUUUUCAUCCUUAGGGAUGUCAGAUUUUUUAAAAGAUCCACAGUGUAAAAGAACAUCAGGAAACUAUCAUCUUAGUGGAAGUGGAUGGAAGAAUGACUGUCCCAGCAUUCCAUUCCUGCCUGCAUUACCCAGUUCAGUGUCCUGCCACAUCCCCAACACCUGUACCAGUAUAGACUGCUGUGCUGAGAUAGCCUUCCUUAAUGGUCGCUCCAUCAAUGUACAAGUCCUGAUGGAUCCAUGUGAAGCUAUCAUGAGUCUAAACAUUGAGAAAAUGCAGUACAACAUUACUCUGUUUGAUUAUGAUUUUGGAACAACUGAUCAUUUCACAUUGCAAGGGGCCAUCAGAAUAGAUUUCAACAUCCAGAACAUGGUUAUGGAGAAGAAGUACCUGUUGAACAUGAACCUGAGUGUUUGUAUGGAGACCUCUGAUCUCUCAGAUUGUGUGUACUCUGUGGUUAUAUUCCACAAUACUAUACUACCUAAACAACUCUGCAGCAUGGAACUUGACUACCUGAAUCCUGGAUUUGACCUUUCAUCUUGGAAAACCUUGCAUGGUUUUGGCUCUGUUUUGACCCAUGAACAGGCCCAGAAGUUAUUGAGGGAGUUGGGUGUUGAGGAAUAUGUAGGGAUUGGGUGUUCUAGGAAUGCUGCACCUUAUGAUCCAGAGACACACAAUGGGUGGAAUGUACCCACAGCAUGUAAAGUGAAUCCGCCUACCUUGCCAAGUAAUAUCAACUGCUACAUCAACACCUCCUGUACUGGUAUCAGCUGUUGUUUUGAUGACUCGAUCACUGGGACGUCCUACCAGAUCUCAGUCACUGUAGACUCUUGUGGAGAGACCCUGGUCAUCACACUGGAGAAAAUGAAGUUUGUCAUUUCAUUGUUUGAUUAUCCCAUGGGAACCAAGAGAACUGCACAGCUAUUUGGAAUUUUGCAGCUGGAGUAUAUGAUUAAUGAUUUACAUCUGCUUGGAGAAAUUGUGGUUGAUCUCAAAGCAAAACUCUGCUUUUCUAAAAACAAGGCCUGUGAAAAUGAAAUGACAAUUUUGCAAGAUUUCAGACUGCCAAAACCACUUUGUAAUUUUAGUGCAGGAGGAUUUGCAAUUCCAGAUUUUUCAUUAAUUAAAUGGAUGAAAGAUAUUGGAAAUUUUGGAAAUAACAUGACACUUGAACAGUGGGCUGUUGAUCUGCUGAAAUCAAAAUUGAAGCUUUCCAACUACAUGCUGGAUCCAAUGUGUAAAAGGUCACAGUAUUUAGCAGGCAGUGCCAACUGGAACCUAAGCGCCUGUCCAACAAUAGUGUCUGUUCAACCUGUACCCAGUCAUACAUCAUGUGCUCUCUCUUCCGCCUGCUCGGGUAUCAAAUGCUGCACAGAUAUAGCUCUACUAAAAACAGCUGUCCAGUUUGAAGUCAGCGUGGACAGAUGCAAAGGAAAAGUUUUCAUUAUGUUAGAAAAACUGGAAAUUGUGAUCAUGCUCAAGGAUUUCAAAUUUUCAUCUUGGGAAACUUAUACAAUACAGAAUGUAUUCAGAUUGGUAUAUAAAAUUGAUUACCUCUCUGUCGAAUCUGCGUUUGUAUUCAACAUCAAAUUCAGUGCUUGUUUUGAAAGUAAAGGGGACUGUAUGCUGAGCAUUCCUAUCAUGCAAGAUGUGAAAAUAUCAAUCAUACCAUGUAAUUUUAGUAUGCAAGCCUUUGCUAUUUCAGGUUUUAGUCUGAAUGAUUACCUCAUCAGUAAAGGAAUACCAACCUCUAUUACUUCCCUGUCAAGCAUAUUAGCAGAUCAGUUGUUGGAUUAUCUGGGUGUUGGCAGUUUUUUCAAUGACAUUCCUUGCAACCAAUCUAAUUUUGCCAGGACAGCAUCAGGCUUCACUUUAGAUCCAUCCUGUGUGCAGAAUGUUUCUUCCUACCUCCCAACUCUGCCUGCUGAUACAAACUGUAGGAUCUUCUCUAGAUGUACUGCUAUACAAUGCUGCACAGACAUCUCUCUCAUUAGAAGGACUCUGAACUACACCAUCAGUAUUGAUGCUUGUGCUCACUCCUUACUGUUACAAAUAGAGACCUUCCGAUGGGAACUUUCUCUUGUGAGCUUCCACUUUGGAAAGGAACAGAAAUUCAGCAUUGACCAAGUCUUUUCAAUUAAGUACAAGAUUACAGAUUUGAUUGGUCAAGGCCAGUACCUUAUAGACAUGAGGCUCAGUGUGUGCUUCAGUGAUGGGUCACCUUGUCAGCUGGAGAACACCAUUGUCAGUAACUACCUCGUGUCUAAACCAUUCUGUGCUUGGUUUAAUGGAUUCAAAGUUGCAAACUUUUCAUACUCCAGUUGGUUAUCGUUGAAUAAGCUGAGUCCUUCAGAUGUUCUCUCCCAGAGCAAUUCAUUAAAACUUACAGAAACGCUUGGCCUUACAAAAUUCUUAAAGACCCAGACCUGUAAUAAUGAGAAGGAACUCUAUAAAAAUCCCUACCAAGGAUGGACUUCAGGCUGCGUGUCAGACAGAGACAUCAGUAAACCUGUCCUGGAUUCCAGUAUUGUCACCUGUCAUCUACAGAAAUCCUGUACAGGUGUACAGUGUUGUGUCAGCGUACCUCACACAGGCUUCUCUGUGGAGACAUUUGUAGAAAUCAGUCCAUGUGAUCAUCAACUCAGGGUGGGAAUAGAAAACCUGAAAUUCAACAAAAGUCUGUUUGGUUACAAGUUUGGACAAAAUGAGAAGUUUGAUUUAUUUGGACUGGUAGUAGUGGAUUUUAAGGUAAUUGAUCUGGACUUUUUUGGAGGGACUGGGAAGUACUUGGUGAAUUUGAACAUCAGUGUUUGUUUGGAAUCAGGACAACCUUGUGGGACAAUAAUUCCAGUAUUUGUCAACAGUCUACUGCCAAAGCAAGUAUGUGAAAAGGGACUGGACUUCAUCAACAAAG